AUGGAGAAGCCUGGGAGGAAGAGAAGAUCUCUUCUCGAGUCGUUCUCUGCUUUCCGAGAUUCAAGCUCGGGCAAGCACAAGAAAGAGAAAGUUCAGGAAAGGUCGGGUUUUCAAAGCUCGACAGUGACACUAGCUGCUUUUUACGAGGGCAGAAGCCGAGAACAAUUGGUCCCACCCAGUGAAGAAUAUGAAGAUAGUGUUGAAGAAAUGGCGGAUGCCUUACUGAACGACACAACCCUUGAGCAACCCAAAAUCGAUCCUGGAAGACGCCUAUCACAGAUUGGUCUCACACUCGGCAACUCUGGCAUCUCAACGCCUCGUACAAUCGAAGACGACAAUUCCGAUACGAGACACAACAGGAACAACAAUAAAGAUUUGCCACAGCUACCUGCUUUUAUUUUCAAUGGUGACGACGCUUGGGCAAUGAGAACUUCACCUGUAGUCACGGCUGCAGGCAACUCGAACCUCACACGCUUCAGUAUGGAUGUACCUCCUACUCCACCCGCGAAAACCGAAUACUCCCACAACAGGAAAGGUUCAGCUCCAGCGAUCCCGCGUCGAUCAUCCAAGCGAAAGUCCAGUCGAUCCAAGAGCAACAUUACGAGCCCGCAAAAGCCUAACGGUGGCCAUGUACGUGGGUCAUCUUCCAAAAACAAGCUCUCAAAGAGCUUUAGUACGCCCAUGGUCAUGAACGUCUCUGCACCCGUGAACCAGUCAGAAGCUACGUCGAGCUCUGUCAACGCGCAAGAUAUCAACGGAAAGAUUGCCAAGAUGCUCCAAGCGACCCAAGCAUUGAAGGGAUCUAGCUCCGAAAGUGCUCUUUAUCAGGGACCUAUGGUGCCUUCGAAAAAGCGACGGAUAAAGGACAAUCGGGUCCUGGUACGAGUCAAGACUGUUUUCAACCAUCAAAUGCAAUCACGGAACGGCAAGAGGCCACACGAUCCUGUCCGAGAUGAUCGACUUCUGGAUCCCUCCGUGAACAAUGCCGCAGAAGUAGUACCGGAGCUGAUAUCUCCUGCCCAGAUGAGAAUAAAUGAAGGCAAUAAUUUCGAAAAAUCUAAGAUUACAAAAAUGACUGGCAAUGGAAAAAUAAGACGCAAACCGGUUGCAACCGAUGGCAAGUCGCUAGGAAGUCGGCAAUCCAAAGACAAAGGUGAUAAAGACCCUUUUCGUGAUUCACCGUCUUCUGAUGGCACAAGAAGAAGCCCAUCCAGUUUUGAGCACAAAUUGUUAGAGGAGAUAUCUUCAGAACAUACUGGAAGCGGAAGCCCCAGCCUCCCGAGGCUUCCGAGAAGCAUCAGUACUCUGCCAGGGAUAAGGAAAUGCAUUCCAUCAACACUAGCAUACGACUCUGACUUCGACACCUUGUUUUCGUCGAGCCCAGCGGCGCAAUCAACCCCCCGCAUGCGCCUGGAGCCAGCUUUCGAGAAUGGCAAAAAGACGCUAAAGAGUGUACCGGCUGACUCUCUCUCACUGUUUGACCCUGACAGUUCCACUACCUCACCAGGGUCUCGAAUGGAUGUUGACGUCGAGCCAGUUGUUGAAAUUACUGAAACCGAAGAUUUCACACCUGAGCGAGCAACGAGAGGAACCCCACGAAGGGCAUCUAAACUUGGUUACCAGGAAGGCUUCCCCGUCCACACGCGAGGGAAGAAGCAUCCGUCUCCAAGCAAGCUUGAAUUAGAGACGAUGGAACAGCAUCUUGCAGACUACUUUACUCGUGAUAGAAAACAUGGCGAAGACGCAUUGAGAGCAGAACAAUUACCACCAUCCUACGUUCUUGCUCCCCGCGACCCUAAUAUAUCAAUCGCAGAUAGAGAUUCAAAGCAUUCAGAUAAAAUGCCAGAAGUGCCCCCGAAACUCGAGUUCAGCAGAGUCCACAACUCAAUGCCAAACUUAGCGAGGACGUCGAAACAGAGAUUCUCAUUGAACAACAUUACUUUUAACGCCAGGAGAGACAGCCGAUUAUCUGAACGUCAUUCCAAGUCGGGAUUUGACAUGGAGAACUACAGUGAUAUGGACAUUGAUGAAUUACAAACAAAUGAUCCCGUAUACCACAUCGGACGUAUCAAAGCCUAG